AUGCAUCUUGCAAAUAGGAUCAUCCCAAUGUUAAGGCAGUUGGAUCAGCCCUCUGACUUCCAGCUGUACAGAGAUAUCUUGAAAUCCAAUACAAAGCUACCGGCAUACGAGUGGGCUAGUUUAUGCAAGCUUGUGAAAACCAAUAAGGUGUACAACAUCCUGCGCAUGAACUUAUCUUCAAGAGAGGCAGAAAUACUUGGAAAUGCAUUGAAAAAAAUGUCUCUCAAUAAAGUAGAUGAUAUGAUAGACAUACUAAUAAAGACAAAUCAUAAAAGCUCAUCAAUACUGCUUAAAUAUAUAAUUGAAAAGAAGAAGAAGAUAGACAUUAGACCAAUUCAAAAUUAUCUUGAGGAGCAAAUAACCCAGGGAGAUGCAAAGUUUAGAAUGCUCAAGGUAAUUUUUGCACUGCUCAAGAACUACCCAAACUCAAUCACUCCCAAGAUUCUUGACUUCUGCCAUACCACAGAUCAUCCUAUCUGCAGAGAAAUACUAGAAUCAGCCAUGGACGUCAUUGAAUAA